AUGGGACCCCAGCUUUAUUUUCUCUCUGUGAACCACAGCUUGCGCAAAAGCUCCGACCGAAAGACGUGGGAGCUUGAAAGAUCUAGAGCUUUGAGCCAUGCCGCGAAAAAGGCCAAUCGAGAGAGGAAAUCGAAGGAGGAAGAGCAAAAGGAGCCAGAGGGCCCAGCAGUACCCGUGCCAUACGAGGAGGUCCAGUGUUUCAACAAGGGCCUCACCUCAAGCCUGCUGGAUCCGUUCGUCACGUUGUCCAUGGAUCUUACCGUAGAGGAUCGUGACCUCCUGCACGGCUAUCUGGUCUCGGUGCCUCACGAUUUCUAUGGCACGAGUGCCGUCUCGCCACUUUGUCCGGUCCGGGAUGUCACGCUGGGUGUGUUGUCCACAAAUCAGAUCCUCCUCAGCUGGGCGGUCCUGUACAUGCGACAUCGUCACGCGGUGCUGCAAAAUCUCGAUCUCGAUCAUGACACAUUACUGCUCCGCCGGCGGCAGCAGACAUACAACAUCAUGAGCUCCAAGAUCGACGACCAACAGUCUGCCAUCUCCGAGGAUGCAAUGUACGGGCUCGCAUUCUCUGCGCUGCUCGAAAAUCGCAUCGGCGACCGCGAAACGGCGCAGAAGCAUCUCCAGGCCUGUCUGAUUGUCCGGCAAUUGCGCAUUCAGAAGGGUCUGACCGUAACGUCUUACCCGAUGGGCACGCUAUGUAUACCUGUGUGCGUUCAGGUCGGCGCGCCACAGUACUUUAGGACCGUUGGAGAAAUAACGAGAGCUGGUCUCACCUUACAGUCAUUUUUUCGGUCUCUUCAAGAAUGGAAGCACAUCUGCAGAGGUAUAUUCACUCCUUGUUCUGAAACCAAGUCGACUCUACGCCAGCAUCUGAACAGAAGUAUUUGCGAAAAUACCACGACGGGGAACAGGCUAUGUUUGGGCCUUCUUUUCACUCUGACCCUGGCGUCGUGGACAUUCCAUCAGUUUGAUGACAGUUCGGCCGAAUUCCUGCAGCUCAUCGCGCAUUGCUUCGAUAAGAACUCCUGCGAUGGAAAACAGAUAACGUCGCUAGGAAUGGUCUACACCACGUAUAUGUGCAUCGAUCGGAUGCAAUCCACGCCAGGUCGACGACUGUGCACCAUGGAUCUGUGGCAAACUGUGGAAUUGGUGGAGCUUCUGAUGUUCGCUUCACCAGACGCCUUCGCAACAGUCAAGCGCCAACUGAUGUCUUGGUUAAUUGAUGACGCUGGUGGACCUUAUGAUGACAUCUUUGAUGAGGGCAUUUUAGAAGAGAUUGAGGAUACGUGGCUUUCGACACGGCAACCACAGCACGGACUUCACAGCUUGCAGGACACCUCUUCCACGAACAAUCGAUAUCUCCCGCUGCCCACAAAUCCCGCUCAAGCUUACUUGACACCCUCCACCUCCGCAGCCGCGUCACCGAACGCCAUGCCUUCCGACCAAGAUGCUGCAAGCACGGUGCUCAGUUUCCCGACCCCCGAAAGCAGCCUCGAUUGGGCCACCUCGUCGGAAGCAUCGGACGCAGAUGAGAAACUCAAACGCUGGCAGGCUGCUGUCCUCCGAUCGACUGCCUCAAGGCUGUUGUGAGCUGGCCCGUCACGAAACGCGCUGAAGAUCUCGGCUGAGAGUCGAUGGGGUUGGCCUUCUGCCGAUUGUCGCAUCUGCCAGCAUCAGGAAGUAGCACCGUUCGUCCCAGGAGGCCUGCAAGGUGCCGGAAAUCCUUCAAGGGGCUCAUUUUGCCGGGACAUAAUGAGGGCGUUGAAAUGCUCGAGCCAUUGACCGAAGCAAUCUCCGCGAGUCGGAGGACAUUUCACAAGGACCGAACGCAUUGGGAAAGGGGAGACCAUGGCAGCUUAAGUCAAUACUGCCGGCGUUACUGGCGCCGCGGAGCAAGAGGAAACAUUCUCACGAAUUUGAUACCCAGCAUCAUCUAAGAUGGCGAUAGGACAUGAAACAGAGUAUUAGUGGUAGUCGUAAAUCGUAAUAACCACUGUACUGCGUCGAGCUCAGCCGAGCCGCUG